AUGUCUUCUUCAUCUGUUGCAAAUUCAAUGGCAGUCGAAAUCCCAGAAUGUGGUUGCAAAAAUCCAAUGAGGUUGUACAUAUCCAAUUCAGGCGAAAAUCCUAAGCGUAGAUAUUGGAAAUGUCCAACUCAUGGGGGAGCUCGAAGUUGUAAUCUUUUCAUAUGGGAUGAUGAAAUUGAAGGCCACCCUCCCUAUGUGCGUCCAACUGCUCGUCCAAAUGUUCGUGAAUCACAAACUCAACCCAGUCGUGGUUGCACAUGCUCAGAGUUGUUCAAAGAUGUGGUUUCAAUUGUUAAAGAAAUUCAAUUCAAUAAGGGAGAGAAGAUGAAGAUGAAACUACAAAACGAGAGAUCGACAGCAAAGAUGUUUAGGAAUUUAUUGAUUUGUUCUUGGAUUAUUUUCUUUUUUUAUGUUAAAAUGUUUACCUAA